GGGCCGUGUGGCUCUAUGGGGCCGUGUGGCUCCCUGGGGCUGUGCGGGUCCAUAGGGGCUGAGUGGCUCUAUGGGGCCGUGUGGCUCUAUGGGGCCGUGUGGCUCUAUGGGGCUGUGUGGCUCUAUGGGGCUGCUGCUGCCCCCCCCUCCCAGCUCACUCUCCCCCCCCAGGAGUACACGUGCCCCCGCUGUGAGUCCGGCUUCAUUGAGGAGGUCACAGACAAUUCCAGUUUCCUGGAUGGUGGCGGCGCAGAGGACGGACCUUCAGCACGGUUUGCAGAGCUCUGGAACCAAUUGGAUCACACCAUGUUGUUCCCCGACUUCAGACCGUUCCUGAGCAGCUCCUGGGAUCAGGACGGCCGGGACACGGAGCGGGGCCACCAGCCCCACACUGAGCUCUGGGGGCCGGGUCGGCCGCCGCGGUUACCCAUGGCACGAAGGUUCCGCUCCAGGGGCAGCUCCCGGCCAGACCGAUCCCCGGCCAUUGAGGGGAUCAUCCAGCAGAUUUUCGCAGGUUUCUUCGCCAACUCGGCCAUUCCCGGCUCCCAGCACCCGUUCUCAUGGAGCGGGAUGCUGCACUCCAACCCUGGGGAUUACGCGUGGGGACAGAGCGGCCUCGACGCCAUCGUCACGCAGCUCCUGGGGCAGCUGGAGAACACGGGCCCCCCCCCAGCCGACAGGGAGAAGAUCUCGUCUCUCCCGACGGUGGCGGUGACUCAGGACCAAGUCGACACGGGGUUGGAGUGCCCGGUGUGUAAGGAGGACUACGCGCUGGCCGAGCAGGUCCGGCAGCUGCCGUGUAACCACGUCUUCCAUGGCGGCUGCAUCGUGCCAUGGCUGGAGCUGCACGACACGUGCCCGGUGUGCAGGAAGAGCCUGAACGGCGACGACUCGUCCCGUCCGUCCCACGGUGCCGUUGGGGACCCUCAGAACCGGGAGCGCUGGACGUUCUGACCCCCCGCCCCAUCCCCGGCCCGGAACAACCGGGCGCCGCCUCCUCCGAACCACGGAACCUCCGGGCGCCGCGGGCGGCUCCGAAACCUGGGACGGUGCAGGCGGAACCGGAACCGCGGGGU